UAAACCAAGAAGGCUAUUGACUUAACCUGCCAAUAGCCCCAUCUUUUUCAGCUCAUAUCAUAUUCGUAUUCCGAACGUAGAACAUCGAUAGACUUUUUUAGGAAAUUUAUAUCGGGUUUUUAUACAAUAUUGUGCAGCAGUUGAGAGGAACCUAUAUUCCACGCGCCGUCGGUAUGUCUCCCCGUUGGAAUCACAACAAAGAUCAGUCGCCGCGAUCCAAUCGCUCAUCCUCAAACCUCCAUCGCGGAGUCUCGACCCGUUCCCGGUCCAUACGCCGCCGUCCACUCUACCAGGGUGUACUGGGCGUGCGGGCCCAGCGGUCCGGUAGUAGACGGCUCUACACCGUUCGUGAGAUUCAGAUCUUGGGCCGAGUCCUGUCUGCCGAUCAAGAGUCUGAAUUGCCCGAUCUGUCUCUGCUGGCCUCCAGAACAAUGAAUGCGAACGAGCCUCCGAUCUACAUAGACGUCAUGGCGGGUGGCGAUGUGGAGCUCCGUGACGAGGAAUACUUCUACAUGCAGCCAAUUCUGUUCAUCGAGGACGCUAUUGGCGAGGAAACCUUCGCCAUCGACCAGGACCUCGGCUUCCUUCCCACUUCUGAUGAAGAUCCCGAUGGUAACGAUGACCCCAAUGGCGGCUUUGGUUCCGAUGCCAACAAUGAUUCCAAUGGUAGCGAUGAGUCCAAUGCCGCCGAUGAAACUGGCCAGGAAUGGGAUUCCGAGGGAGACCCCCCCACCGAAAAGUGAGGGUUCUUAGUUGUUUAGGGUUCAUUUUUUAUAGUUCUCUCACAAACUACAAAAUUGUUCAAAAAAAUUUUAAAUAAAUUCUUGUGUUGAAAAGUGUUAA